AUGCUCUUGAAGGUUUGCAAAUGUUCUCCUGCUGAAUGCCAAUCCCUUUGGCGACGAAUGUCGGAGGUGCAUCAGGCGAGUAGCAACACAAAACUCGCAACUCAGGCAAUGAUUAACUUGCUCUCAACUUAUUCCGAGGGGAACGCAGCAGGCGCUCGUGAUGAUGCUCUCAAAUGUAUUCUUGCUGUCAUUCAAGAUCCCAGUUUCCUCUCACACAAUCGCCUCAUGUCUCUUAAACCCGUUCAGUUUCUCGAAGGCGAACCACUUCUGGAGAUCUAUGUUUCUGGUGGGCUCGGGGAUUUUGCAGCUUUCAUGAAAAAAAACCCAACAUUUUUGGCUGAAAAUGGGCUUAAUGAAAAGGCUUGCCUUGACAAAUUGCGAACCCUCAGUCUAAUGAAAAUAGCUGAGAAUGCCGCUGAGUUGGAUUACGCCACUGUCUGCAAAAAAAUUGAUCUGCCCGAGGAUCAACUUGAAGCGUUUAUCAUCGAAGCCGUUCGUCAACGAGUGAUUACCUGCAAGCUGGAUCAGAUCAACAAGCGCAUACUCAUUACGGGCGCUCUGCCACGCAACUUCGGUGCGCCGCAGUGGCAGAGCCUCUGUCGUUUGCUUAAGGAGUGGGAGUCAGGCCUCCGAGUUGUUCAAAGCGGUUUGGCCACGAUGAUUGGAACUACUACUCAGUAA